GUCAAUUACCCUGACCUUGUGGGAUUCUCAAUCACAUCCGUGGGGCGUCAGGCUGUUCCAGGUAUGUCAUCCUACCGUAGCCCAGUUCGGCUCCGAUUACAGUAUUCUAGAAACGCUCCAAGGAUGAUAACUGCGGCGAUCAGUUACAGCUGACGACGAUCAUAAAGCUUCCCGCUUGUCCGGAACUAAUAUUUAGUUGGUGCUGAAUCAUAUAGCUAAAGUUGGCGAUGACUCGCUGUCUGCGUAUUGAGUUGGCAGCACUUUAAAUGGCACUGCGGAUCAACUAACAUCGGAUAUGACCGCAGUCAGCAAAUUUGCGAUAUUCGUCGUGCUAGUUGAUAACGCCAGUUAUGGAGCCUUUCUGAGAGGAUCGUCUUAUACCUCCUACGCAUCUACACCUACUGUUGUAGUACUGAAAGACCUCAAAUCACGGCUACACAUUAAUUCACGCGUCGUAAAUACGUGUCCGAGGUUCGGGUUAUUAUUAUCCUCGGCCUCCCCCAUCCCGUAUUCAUCCAACAGCUGACUAUUUUACCCAAGAUUAUGCGAAUGCCGAAAGUUCACGUGGAAGUAUACUCUUAAUCGCUUGGGUUAGGAGCCGAGGCGUGUUUCAUCCAUCAUUGCCAGCUCAUGUGGCACUUUUAAUAGCCAUAGCUAUAGGAUGUAAGAUGAGCCCUCGUGAUGAGAUUCCUCUUGUCGCCAAUGCUAAUAACUCGAUGUAAAUCGAAUCGGGUUUGCAUUAUCGGGACCAUUUGAGUCUUAGUUUAACAUCAAGUAUCCGACUCAGGAUUUCUUCUAAGGCCAGCGUGUUCUUGCAUCCGAUAUUCUUCGACUUAUUCGUAUAAUUCUAAUCUUGGGAGAACGGAACCGUAUAUGUCCGGUUUCAUCUGUCUCUCCGGGCUCGAUUUCUUUCAUAUAUACCUGUAAUGCUCUUCCCAAAAGUAUAAACCGAGGCUACGGUACUCCAAUGCCACAGAUUAUUUAUCUCGUAACCGAUAGAAAUAUGUACUAUAAUGGUAGUUUAUAUCGGCGGCCUCGAUACCAAACCUAUUAGAGUAGCUAUAUUGUGUUUCCCCG